AGCAGCUAAGGUCGGAGCGGCGCACCAGGCUGCGGACGAGCUGGGGACCAGCUCGAGGACCUGCAAGCGGCACGAGCUCGCGGGCUGGCCGAGCCUGGAGUAUUUCCUAAGUGCAAUCUUGAACAUGGGUGGUGCUGUGAGUGCUGGUGAAGACAAUGACGAGCUGAUCGACAAUUUGAAAGAAGCACAGUAUAUCCGCACUGAGCUGGUGGAGCAGGCUUUCCGAGCAAUUGAUCGUGCAGAUUAUUAUCUUGAAGAAUUUAAAGAAAAUGCUUAUAAAGAUUUGGCAUGGAAGCAUGGAAACAUUCAUCUUUCAGCCCCGUGCAUCUACUCGGAGGUGAUGGAAGCCCUGGACCUGCAGCCUGGACUCUCGUUUCUGAACCUGGGCAGUGGCACUGGGUAUCUCAGCUCCAUGGUGGGCCUCAUUCUAGGACCUUUUGGUGUAAAUCAUGGGGUGGAACUUCAUUCAGAUGUGAUCGAGUAUGCAAAGCAGAAACUGGAUUUUUUCAUCAGAACAAGCGAAAGUUUUGACAAGUUUGACUUCUGUGAGCCUUCCUUUGUUACUGGCAAUUGCCUGGAGAUUUCUCCAGAUUGUUCUCAGUAUGAUCGAGUGUACUGUGGGGCUGGUGUGCAGAAAGAGCAUGAAGAAUAUAUGAAGAGUCUGCUCAAAGUGGGAGGCAUCCUUGUCAUGCCACUGGAAGAGAAGUUGACUAAGAUAACGCGCACAGGCCCUUCAGCUUGGGAAACCAAAAAGAUUCUGGCUGUUUCUUUUGCACCUCUGAUCCAGCCCUGCCAUUCAGAGUCAGGAAAAUCAAGACUUGUCCAGUUACCACCAGUGGCAGUUCGCAGUCUCCAGGACUUGGCUCGCAUUGCUAUCCGGGGCACCAUUAAAAAGGUCAUUCAUCAGGAAACAGUGAGCAAAAAUGGAAAUGGACUAAAGAACACUCCCAGGUUUAAACGAAGGAGAGUUCGCCGCCGUCGAAUGGAAACGAUUGUCUUUUUGGACAAAGAGGUCUUUGCCAGUCGGAUUUCCAACCCCUCUGAUGACAAUAGCUGUGAAGACCUGGAAGACGAGCGGCAGGAAGAAGAAGAGAAGACCCCGCCGGAAAGAAAGCCAGAUCCCCCUGUGAACUUCCUACGCCAGAAAGUCCUGAGCCUCCCUCUUCCAGAUCCCCUUAAAUACUAUUUGCUUUAUUACAGAGAAAAAUAGGUCUCCUGUUUGAGAAGGGAAGGGAGGAAGAGCAGAUUGCCAGGCCUGCUGUGUGUGCUGCCUGUCUGCUGUGGAGGGUCAUCUGGGAACAGGCGGCAUGGGCAAGGGUACUGCUGUACUGGCCACAUCAUAGUCUUCUUUUUCUAGUUCUUAAAUGUCCUCUACAAUUUUGAUUCAGUGGUGUGAUUUCUUUACGUAAUCCUAUAAGACCUACUCUGCAUAGAAGAAUGUUUCCCCAAAGUAGAGAGAAUCUUCCUUGAGAAGGGUGUUUCUUUCUCAACUCCAGUGAAACACUGAGGUGUGUGUGGUAGAGAGUGAUGACUCUUCCUUCACAGGAUGCACAUUUUAUGCGUUAAAAAUGAAAAUUUAAGGUGUAACUGACCUGUGUUACUUAUAAAGUGUGAAAACAACAGUUUAUAAAUGUAUAAAAUCUCUUUGGGGUAUGACACACCUAUGCCCAAGUUUGAAUUUUCUUUUAAUUACUGGCACAGAGUUUCACUGAACUUCUUAGUUCUCUAGAGGGGAAAACAUUAGUGAGAAGCCUUUGCUUAUUUUAAGUAAAUUAUUUAAGUCUCAUUUGUCAAUUGUAAAUUUUAAAAGGAAAAAUUGUGAUGAGGGAGGAAGAAUAAAAGAUCAAACUGCCAGAUGUCUUUUCUGGAAUUCCAAAAGAAUUUCAAGGAGUUGUUUUUUUCCCCUGACCCUUUUUUUUUUUUACCUUUAAAAGAACCACUGUCAAGUAAUCCUUAAAAGAGUAUCCUGAAAAAUGAAACAAAUUUUCUUCUGUGUGUUAGUAAUAAGCUAAAUUACUUUAACCCUAACCAUAGGGAUGAUUAUUUACCCAACUUUAAAGACCAUACGGGUUUCUAGGUGUUGACAUAUUCAAUCCUUAGAGCAGGUAGAAAAUAUUAAGAUGGCAGGAAAUAGAUUGGGGCCUAUAUUAUAGACAGCUUGUGUUUUUUAACUUCAGUUUGCUAUUUUUCUGUGACCAUAUUAGAGUACUGAUUCAUAGAUUUUAUCUUUUAUAAUUCUGGAGAAAAAAAGAUUUGUUAGUUUUGUAAUUUUUCUUAAGAACAAAUAUGAUUUAGUAGCUCUGUUACAUUAGCACUGCAUAACUCGCAGUGACUUGCGAAAUCAGUCUUCUCCAGGACUUAGUGUGUGGAGAGCUUUCUAUUUUAUCAAGUUACGGGGCUGGAAGAAAAGCAGUCUUUCUUGUAGUCGGAUAGCAAAAUGAUUUGAAGUUACAUUGCUUAUUCCAAAACAUUGAUUCUUUUUAAAACUUUUUUAAAAUCCAAAGACAAGAAUAAUAUAAAUUGUUAACAUUAAAUCUAAAUUCAGAGUGUUUAUGUAAGGUUAAGUAUCCAAAUUUUAUUAUUAACUUUAACCCUUAGGGUCUUGGAAGUUGCUGUGCUUCAACGUCUCUGUGGUUUCACCAGCUUAACUGAGUUCUGAUUAUUUUGAAUCUUUCCUAUCUUUUUUUAGUAACUGAAUCAUUUUUACCAUACAGUAUAGUCUGCAUGCAUAGCUGGGAAAAUGUGUAUAUUUCCCUAGAUUGGUGAAUUUAAGUUAUUUUAAGGAACAUUCAUAGUUAUCUUUUAAAGCAAAGUCAAGCUUGAUUCUUUCCAAGAGAAAUGCACGGUUUACAUUUACUUGCUAAUACUUUGUAGUUUGCAGAUCCUUGUUGACAUUCUUAUUGAUGUGUAGAGACUUCUACAUAACAGGGAAUUUUUUGGCACGAUAAUGAAUGAUAUCUGUGAAAUUUGUUGUAUUAGGUGGCUUGACUAAAUUUCUUCUAUAAGUGUAUAUGGGCUGUGUUUUUUUAUAAAUCACAUUUGCUUUUUUGCUGGAUUGCAAAAAUCAUUACAGUGCAUAAGAUAUGUUUUUUCCCCCUUAUAUGUUAAGCUUUUCCUAGCAUUUUGUAUUUCUAUGUUGUCAGUUUGUGAUUUUUAACCCAAAAUUUGGUUUAAAAAACAUGGUUGUAAUAUAUGUGAGAAAUGGUAUUUAUCUUAUAAAAAUAAAAGAAGAUUGUAAAUAAGUUGUCCUGUGCACCUGAUACUGGAAUUCAGUAUAAUAUAAUACACUGCUUUUUGUUUUUAGACAGACAGAUCAUACUAUUGUUUGUAUUGUCUGCAAGAUCUAUAUUGUAAACCACAUUCUUGCCAACUAUGUACUUUUAUGUUUUGAACAGUCUGUAUUUUAAUAUGUGACUUUUGUCUUGAAAAAUAGUAAAGCCAUAGACCUGUGGAAAACAAAUUUCAAAUUCAUAGAUAUUAAGUAUGUAAGAAUCAAAUAUGUACAUGAAAAUACUUUUGUUAUUCUAGACCUUACUAGGGAAAGAUCCAAGAAAUUAGGAAUGUGGAUUUUCAUGAGUUUAUAUACAUGGAUGAACAGAAAUGAUAUCAAUAAAGGUAGU